AAAUCUCAGUCUUUUUCAUCAGCUCCUUUACAGCCAGAUUUUAAGCCGAUCCUCUAGAAUUGGUCUUCAAACGGGCUUUGAAUUCCUUUAUAAAAACAUCACUAAAAUCACAAUAAUCACCUCCACUCAUUAGUGCCUAACCUUAAUCUCUCUGGGCAGAGUACUCCUAUCGAGUGUCAAUGUCUCUCCUCUGACUUGUGUAACUCAAUUACUCAUCCCGUCAUCAGAGCAUUUGGGUCGUGUUUUCCAGUAGCAAUGGAAGUGGUGGAAUCAACUAACGAUAACAACAAAAUCUGGAAUGUGGGGCUUCUUCUGGUGGCCACUCUUGUGGCGGCGAAACUCAUAUCUGCAUUGAUAAUCCCAAGAUCCAAAAAGCGGUUGCCGCCAACGGUUAGCUCGUGGCCGGUGGUUGGCGGUCUUCUCCGGUUCAUGAAAGGGCCGAUUGUGAUGCUGAGGGAGGAGUACCCUAAGCUUGGGAGUGUGUUCACUCUGAAUCUGCUUAAUAAGAACAUUACUUUCUUAAUUGGCCCGGAGGUUUCAGCCCAUUUCUUCAAGGCCCCGGAAUCUGAUCUCAGCCAGCAAGAGGUUUACCAAUUCAAUGUGCCUACAUUUGGGCCUGGGGUGGUGUUUGAUGUGGACUAUUCCAUUAGGCAGGAGCAGUUCAGGUUUUUCACUGAGGCACUAAGGGUCACUAAGCUCAAAGGUUAUGUUGAGCAGAUGGUUACGGAAACCGAGGAUUAUUUUGCAAAAUGGGGAGAUAGUGGUGAAGUGGACCUGAAGUAUGAAUUGGAACAUCUAAUCAUAUUGACAGCCAGCAGAUGUUUGUUAGGUGAAGAGGUUCGCAAUAAGUUGUUCGAUGAUGUCUCUGCUCUAUUUCAUGACCUUGAUAAUGGAAUGCUUCCUAUCAGUGUCAUAUUUCCUUACCUUCCAAUCCCAGCACAUCGUCGUCGUGACCAAGCCCGCAAGAAGCUUGCAGAUAUUUUUGCAAACAUCAUAGCUUCUCGUAAACAAACAGGCAAGACACAGAAUGACUUGCUACAGUGCUUCAUAGAUUCUAAGUAUAAAGACGGACGAUCAACGACAGAGUCGGAGGUCACUGGCCUACUCAUUGCCGCCCUCUUUGCUGGCCAGCAUACGAGUUCCAUUACUUCCACAUGGUCUGGGGCUUACCUCCUGCGCAACCCAAAAUUCAUGUCAGCCGUGGUGGAUGAGCAGAAAAAUAUUAUGCAAAAGCAUGGAAACAAGAUUGAUUACGAUACCUUGUCUGAGAUGGAAGUUCUAUACCGUUGCAUAAAAGAAGCGCUUAGACUCCACCCUCCACUGAUAAUGCUUCUGCGGAGCUCACACAGCGAUUUUAGUGUGAAGACCAAGGAAGGAAUAGAAUAUGAUAUUCCCAGGGGGCAUAUUGUGGCCACAUCUCCGGCUUUUGCAAACCGGUUACCGCAUAUUUAUAAAGAUCCUGACACUUAUGACCCUGAUAGGUUUGCUCCAGGGAGGGACGAGGACAAGGCAGCCGGAGCUUUCUCCUACAUAUCUUUUGGUGGUGGUAGGCACGGUUGUUUGGGCGAGCCAUUUGCAUAUCUACAAAUCAAAGCAAUAUGGAGCCAUUUGCUAAGAAACUUCGAGAUGGAGCUCGUUUCACCUUUUCCAGAGAUCGACUGGAAUGCCAUGGUCGUAGGUGUGAAAGGAAAAGUUAUGGUGCGGUACAAGCGCAGAGAGCUUGCCGUUAACUAAUUGGGUCAUACUGCUGAAAGAUCCCCGCAUGUUUAGCUCAAGCACAACAUCUGUAGGUUGGAUUUACUGCAGAUUUUAGGUGUUGAUUUCAUCAGACUCAGGUCAUUUGUUGUUUCGCUUCUAUUAGUUUCCCCAUUUGUCACUGUGCUCAAGAAUGUUGAAGUUUGUCGUUAAAUUUUGAGGAUGUGCAGUUUCCUUAUUGCUUUUAUUAA